GCCGGUUGCAGGGAAAACCCAAGGAACUGCCACCACUUAAUUUCCUUCGCCUGCCUUCCAAGCAGCAUGUUGACUCUCUUCUCGAUCUUGUUCAUUUUCUCCAUAUUCUCCACAGCGACUACUGAAAGCAAUGUCCAAGCAAUGUUCGUAUUCGGGGAUUCAAUCGUUGAAGCUGGGAACAACGUUUUUUUGGAUACAGCCGCGAAAUGCAACUACUUUCCGUAUGGGGUAGAUUUCCCAUCGGGUGUUACAGGUAGGUGCACCAAUGGAAAAACCCCGGCUGACUUACUGGGACUGUUGCUGGGGUUGCCUCAUUUACUGCCGGUUUUCUACGACCCUCAAACCAGAGGAAGCUCCAUUCUCGCCGGAGUAAACUAUGCCUCUGAUGGUGCGGGGAUCCUUGAUUCUACUCGCCAAAGUCAACAUGUCAUAUCUUUGAGCCACCAAAUUGCGAACUUUGGGGAAACAACACUACCGGAUCUGAAAUCUCAAUUGAAUGGGAGCUUUGCACUCUCUUCCUAUCUCUCUCAGAGUAUAUUCUUUUUCUUCAUUGGUGGAGGCGAUUACAUGGCAAACUGCACCACAUCAUCAGGCGUGGCUGCAGAGUGUGACUUGCAGAGCCUAACAGAAUUGCUCAUUCGAAAUUACACCAACCUCCUCACGAGAGCAUAUGACUUUGGGGCACGAAAAUUCGUGGUCUUUAAUCUCCCGCAGGCUGGUUGUGCUCCUUUUUUUAAACGUCAGAACAAUGGAUCAUGUGUGGAUUUACUAAAUGAGGGAUCCACUUUGUUCAACAACGCACUCAGGCCCGCUCUAGAAAAUCUAAGUGAGGACUUGCCGGGAUUUUCUUUUGUCUACAUCAACACGUCGGGAAUCAUCAAUGAGAUAAUCAAUGAUCCAACUACUUACGGAUUAAAGGUGACCAAUGGAAGUUGCUGCUUCGCCGAUCCCGAUGGAAUAAGGCCAUUAUGUGUUGAAGGAACAGAACCAUGCCCAGAUAGGAGCAUCUAUGCCUAUUACGAUGGGUCUCACCCCACAGAAGAGCUUUACAUGCACCUGUCGACAAAAGCGUAUUCGUCAGAUCUCCAAACUGAAGCCUAUCCCUUCAAUGUUGAAGUGCUUGCCAACCUUAAUAUCUCACUGAUGCUUAUAGGGGCACCAUCAUUUCAUACCCGUGACCAUUAAGAUCUAGAAACGAAGCCAAUUUCAACUAGCACGGGAUAGUUGAUAUCGACGUGAUUUACAUCUUGUUUGUCGGUUCUUCUCUUCUAUCAAACUAACUCAUGUGAGUUGGAACGAUUUGCGUCUCAUUUUUGCGCUUCUUUUCUACCAGUCCCGUUUGCAUCAGAAUUGUCCUUUUCUUUUGGGAUGAAUAAUGCUGAGGAGGCCCUUGUAUUGAAAGAAAUAUCAGAAUGGUCCUUGGAUA